CAAGGAUCCGUCACUGUUGGAGGUCACAACAACAACACCAGAAUCAGUAGCAACAAAUCCAUCGGAUUCGGUGGUGGUGAAUGUAGUAGAGAAAGUGGUAUAUGGUGGUGUUGAGCAUUUCUCUGUUAAUAGGAUAGUUGAGUUGUAAAAUUCACCGUUUACGUCAGUUGUGAUAAUGACUUCGUCUAUAUCGGUACAGACUGUUCCACUAGUAGUGAAUACUGUUGUUGUGGUAUAUUCCGUUCCAUUGACCCCAGGGAUGCUUGGAAUAAUGUCACAUAAUGCACAGUUAUAUGGGACAGUAGCAUUGGGGACGGGGCCAGUAUAUGUUACAGCAUUAAGUGGAGCUAUAACUCCUUCCAAGACCGCAUCCCAGUCUGUUGUUAUUUUGAAGUUGGCACUAUUGUAAUUUUUACCAAUAACGAAUUGUUGCAGUCCUAAGGUAAUACUGUUAAGUGUUAAAAUCCCUGUACUUGAACUGUAUGAAUAUGGUGAUAGAGGGUUUAAUGUUGCAGUUAAAGCGAC